UGAGUGGUAGGUGAAACAUGGCGUCUGCUGCUGGGUCUAUUUUAGCUAACUGAAUAGCAAGCUAGCUAUAUUCAAAGGCUUUGACGAUAUUACUGUGAAUAGCAGUAGCUACAUAUUCAGUACAAUAAUAUCUUCAUUGCAAUAUAUUUCAAUAUGUCGGACUCAGAAGAGGAGAGUCAAGAUAAGCAACUUAAAAUUGUAGUCAUCGGAGACGGCGCAUCGGGGAAGACAUCACUCGCCACCCGGUUUGCGCAAGAGGCCUUUGGGAAACAGUACAAACAGACCAUUGGCCUGGAUUUCUUUCUGAAGAGAAUAACUCUGCCAGGCAACUUGAAUGUUACCCUGCAAGUGUGGGAUAUUGGAGGUCAAACGAUUGGAGGGAAAAUGCUGGAUAAAUAUGUCUAUGGUGCUCAGGGUGUUCUUCUAGUGUACGACAUUACAAACUUCCAGAGCUUUAAGAAUCUGGAGGACUGGUACGGCAUGGUCAAGAAGGCCAAUGAAGAGUGUGACGUACAGCCUGUGGUCUCCCUGGUGGGAAACAAAAUUGACCUUGAGCAUAUGAGGACAGUGAAGGCUGACAAACACCAGCGCUUCUGCCAAGAGAACAGCCUCAUCAGUCAGUUUGUAUCUGCCAAGUCUGGAGACUCGGUGUUCCUGGCAUUUCAGAGAGUGGCUGCAGAGAUUCUGGGGGUGAAGCUCAAUAAAGCAGAGAUGGAGCAGUCCCAGUGUGUGGUGAAGGCAGAUAUCGUGAACUACAGUCAAGAGCCUGUGGCGAGGACAGUCAACCCCCCGCGCAGCUCCAUUUGUGUGGUGCAGUGACCCCCUCUCCCCCCACCUUCCCUCUUGCCCCUCCACAAGCUGAAUACAACAGUGAGGGCCACUGACCAGCAGGCUGCCCCAACACACUGGCCCAUAGCCAGAGCAGGAGAAUUGAGCUGGCCUGUUUCUUUCUGCUGAACACACACACACACUGAUUCCUCCCUUUGCUCUCUCAACGCAAAAGUCUUCAGAAAGGCUGUAAUACAGUAUUUCCUUUUUUUAUAGGUUUUUAGGGUCAUCGGACCAAGUGCGGCAUAUUUUAAGAUUUCUAUAUGAGAAUCUCUCUGUAUGUACAGUAUGUAAAUUUACAGCGACCCCACAGUAUAUUCCUAGUUUCAGUAUUUAAUAUAUUUUCUUGAAUUAUUUGUUGAGUAGUAACCAGCUUUGGCUACAGCAGACACCUGUUGAAAGUUAUGCUGAAAGGAAAUGGGACCUCAGCAGUUUAAACACAUUUGUCAGUGUUUAUUUUAUUUUUGAGAAACUGUUACUAUUUUGACAUCUUUUUUUUUUUACUAUCUUCAUUGUCAAUUAUUCUUUUAAAAGACCAUUUGAUUGUAUAUAGAUAUGAAAAGUUGGUUUCUAUAACAGAAAAAUAUACAUAAACCACUGUUUUCCAAAAUGUAUUUUUAAUAAUAGAAUGUGUUUUCCCUCUGCUGUUGUGUAUACAGAUGCCAUAUCUUAAUUUGAUCAUCCUGUUGCAGGAACUUUCUUGCAAACUUGUAGUGUUUUCGACAUUUAAAAAGGCUUCUAAAGCUAGUAUUUUCCACUUUCAGACUUACUUUGCCGUAACGGAAAAUGUAUCAACCCCUACAAAUAAUGUCCAUUAAUUAUAAUCGCAUAACAAUUAACAAUUCCUGUCGCUGCAGGAUUAUUUUCCUGCUGUGUGAAACUGGCGCAAAUUAAGGUCCGAUAUCUGUAUGCUAAAUGUCAGGAUUAGUUUUAUCGCUCUAAGUGGUACUGUCCACACCUCCCACUACCCCCUCUCCCACAGCUCCCAGUGCUGAAACAGGAGUGGUGGGAUGAGCCUGGGUAGGUUGGUGGGGCAAGGAGCUAUUUGGGGGCAGAGAGUGGUGAAGAAAGAAGGGGCUGCUUCAUUGGUAUACAGAUGUACGAUUAAGCAAUCAGGCCCUAUGGGGUGUGGUAUCUGGCCAAUAUACCACGGCUAAGGUCUGUUCUUAUGCACAAUGCAUGCACAAUGCAACUCUGAGUGCCUGGCUACAGCCCUUAGCUGUGGUAUAUUGGCCAUAUACCACAAACCCAGAGGUGCCUUAUUGCUUUUAUAAACUGGUUACCAAAGUAAUUAGAACAGUAAAAACAAAUGUUUUAUCAUACCUGUGGUACAUGGUCUGAUACACCACAUCUUUCAGCCAAUCAGCUUUCAGAGCUCAAACCACCCAGUUUAUAUUGUCUGUUAUACAACAUGUGAGUCUAAUCAUGAAUGCUGAUUGGUUAAAACCGCAUUCCAGCCGGUGUCUAUUCCACAAGUUACCACCGGCUAAAUCUAUGACAUUAACAUGCCUAUAUACUCUGUUCCAUCUGACUGCGCAAUCCACUUUCUCAUCAGCCUAGCCAAGCAAUUUAUAAACUUGAUCUCCACUAUUAAAAAACAUAUAGACAUCAUUUCUUUUAGACUAACAUUUGAUUUUCAACAGCAGAGAUUUGUAUACUGUAAACCUUGCUAUCUGUCUCUCUGACAUUUGCAACAUUGUUUCAAUAUCAAAUUCAAUCUCCAGCUGUCCCAUAAUAGUGAAUUUGUCGGGAUGAGACCGGCAGGCAGUGUUUCUUAGUCAGUCACAGUCAUGAAUCAGCUGGCAUCCUUUUUAUGGAUAUGUACAAAUAAAUGUAAAUUGAAAAAAGUUCAAACAAACCUAAGUGCAGCUAGUUUGCAGUCUUUCCAGCGUCAGUUGGAAGUGAUUGUGUUAGCUGUGUUGUUGGCUAGCUCCUCUGAACAACAGUGUCCUGACGAGUGAGCACAUUUUCUAUGCCAGGCGAAAUCGCACCUCAUUUGCCUAGCAACACCCGUGUCAAUAUAUCCUCCAAACACCGGCUUCUCGGGCAUCAUUACUUAAAUAUACCAUGGCUUUCAGCCAAUCAGCAUCCAGGAGCCGAACUACCCGGUUUAUAAUCUUGAUUUGAUCACUCUUUUGUUGAUGAGAAUUUUUCUGCGUCGCAGGAAAUGCAGAUGAGCUUUGUGAUUUACAUAAAUUCACUGAAAACCCACACCAACACACAGUUAUAUUAGCAGUGUUGCAUUUUUCGUGUAGCCUCGUUUUGCCCAACCACCGAUCAAGCAACAUUAUGGACUAAACUUUCAAAUCCUGUUGCUGCAGGAUUAUUUUGCUACGACAAUACUGUUCAAAGUAAGAUCCAACAUCUGUAAAAACAAUGUGCUGAAUGUAAAAUGAACCGCUGGCUUUAUUUAGAGUGUGCUCAAGGAAUAUGUCACUAUAAAAUAUAGCUUCUGCAUUCUUAGUGCUCCACACAGUGCCCUUCUAAAUGGAAAGGUUUAAAUGUUUAGGCACUGUAGUCAAUGGAAACUAGUUUUAUUUCACUUGCCAAUUAGCAGCUUGCUUGAACAACUGUUAUUUCCCAUUACUUUCAAGACGUAAUAAUAACAUUAAUAACAGAUGUUAGUUCGAAAAAAUAAACUUUGAUUUAACCUGAUCAAUCAGGAAUUUCAGUUUUUCUGCCACUCUACAUUUGUGAAAUUGACCAAUUACCCAAAAAGUAUCUCUUUUCCUGAUUUAUAUUUUUGUGUUGAUAACAUCUUUAAUUGAAGCAUCAUUCAGUUUCAUGUGAUGCAUAUCAAGACCGUAUUUUUGUGGAAAACCUAUGUAGCGCUAGUUGAAAUAUAUUUGGCAUAGAACAAUUCUGUUGCUAUUUUUAACCUUGACAAUGGAUAAAAAUUGAAAUAUGAACUGGAGCAGCUUAAAGGUAUGAUAAUUCAUCUUAGCUGUAUGUUUAUAGCCUUACUCAACUGUCUGUUGUAGAACAGAAAAGACUGCCAUGAAGAACUGCUUUGAUGCGUGAAAUGUCUUCAUAGGAUCUUCAUCUUGUCCAAACAAGCUGAAUCACAGCCAACUUACACUCGUAUAGAAAAAUGUUAUAUCUAUAACCUAAAAGGGUUCUUUGUCUGUUCCCAUGGGAGAACCGUUUCAACAAAUAUGUUGGGUUCCAUGUAGAACCCUUUCCACGGUUCCCCCAUGGGGACAGCCAAACAUUUUUUGGAACCCUUUUUUCUAAGAGUGUAUACAUACAUACAUACAUACAUUAUAGGCAUGUGUUUGUACUCGUCCCUGCUUUGUCUUGUAGUUUGUAUUUGUCAAAAUGUUUUCUUCGACCGCUAUAUUGUACUUGCACACAGAGGAUGUCAACAUUUGUAUUUGUAGUACAACAGAAAAUACAUGACAGGACAUGGUUGGAUUUUACUCUGUAAACCAUGGUGUUCGCCUUGUGUAAAUUAUAUAUUUGUAAAUCAUCUGCAUUGUUUUGUGGAAGAUCUUAUUUAUAAAAUGCUGCUCACAUUUCAGUGAGAUGUAAAGAA